AUGUUGUUGUUCUUGUCAGUGCCGCAGCCCCGACCGCCGGGAACUCGAACCCGAGCCGGGGCCGCCCGGGCGGCGCGGUGGCGGCGGCGACAGUGGCUGCGGCUGCAGCAGCUGCAACGGCUGCGGGGGCUGCUCCGGAGUCUGCGGGGGCGACCGGGGACCGGCAGCCAUCGGCGGGGCCGGAUGGCUCUGUGCGGGCAGGCGGCUGGGGCCGCUUCGCUGCCUAGCGAGUUGAUCGUGCACAUCUUCUCCUUCCUGCCCGCGCCCGACCGGCUGCGGGCCUCGGCCUCCUGCUCGCACUGGCGCGAGUGCCUCUUCUACCCAGCCCUCUGGCCCCAGCUCCGCAUCUGCCUCCGGGUCUCACCCGCGGAGCAGCCUCGGCUCGAAUUCCUCAUGCGCAAGUGCGGCUGGUUCGUGCGAGAGCUGCGCGUUGAGUUCGCCGCCGAGAAUUACCUGAGCGGAGGUGGCGGGCCAGGAGACGGAGGAGGCGCGGACGCCGGGACUGGCGGGGAAGAAGUCGAGGCCCUGCAGCUCUCAACCCGGUGGCUGGAAGUGCUGCGCACCUACUUGGAGCUGGUGCUGUGCGUGCUGGUCAGCAUUCGGAACAACAGGAACCUCCAGAAGUUUAGCCUUUUUGGAGACAUAAGCGUUCUACAACAGCAAGGAAAUUUGUCAAAUACAUACCUCAGCAAGGUGGACCCUGAUGGCAAAAAAAUUAAGCAAAUUCAGCAGCUGUUUGAAGAAAUACUGAGUAAUAGUAGGCAAUUGAAAUGGCUGUCCUGUGGGUUUAUGCUGGAAAUAGUAACCCCAACAUCACUGUCAUCUCUCUCAAAUUCUGUUGCCAACACUAUGGAGCACCUGAGUUUACUGGAUAACAAUAUUCCUGGUAACAGCACCCUUAUCACUGCAGUGGAACUAGAGCGAUUUGUGAAUCUACGCUCACUUGCCCUGGAUUUCUGCGACUUUACAGCUGAGAUGGCAAGAGUCUUAACCGAUAGCAACCAUGUGCCUUUGCAGCGACUGUCUCUCCUGGUCCAUAAUGUUUCCGUGAUGCACAAGUCUUUGGACAACAUGCCAAAUGAUGAGCACUGGAAAGCCUUGGCACGAAAGAGCACCAGCCUUCGGGUCUAUAUAAUGGCUUUUGAUAUCAAGAGUGAAGAUAUGUUAAAGAUUCUGAAGCCCAGUAUACCACUAGAGAGGGUUCAUUUUGACAGCUACGUCACUUGUGUUUCAGGAGCUAUUGUUGAUCUUAUAUCUAGGCAGUAUGACAAGUUCCUCACUCAUUUUAUAUUAAUGAAUGAUGUGAUUGACACAUCUGGAUUUCCAGAUCUUAGUGACAACCGAAACGAAGAUCCGUUGGUUUUACUAGCAUGGAGGUGCACAAAGCUCUCUCUUUUGGCAAUUCAUGGUUACACAGUGUGGGCACACAACCUCAUUGCUAUUGCUCGUCUUCGUGGCUCUGAUCUAAAAGUACUUGAAGUCACUGAAGAAAGCAUUGAUUUUGACCAAGGUGAACUUGCCGACCAGGAUGUGGAUCCAGUGCAUAACCUUAUUGAGCAGGUAUCCCUGGGCUUGGGCCAACCUUGGCAUGCAGUCAUGGACAUCGAAUCACUCAGUGUCUUCACUGAACCAAAUCGUCAUUUUUACAGAGAGAUGCAAAGCUUCAGCGAAGACAUUUAGCUUUUUUUUUUAAAUGUACAAUUCCUGUGGUUACAUAAGCAAGUAGGGUCCCAUUAUGUUUUUUUUUUUUCCAGUAGUGUGAAUUAAUCCCUUUGUGCUGUGUUUAAUCAGUAUU